GACUUGUUGGUAGUCGUGUGAGAAGUACGUACUGGCGGAAGGUGAUAGUUAUCUGAUACCUUUGGCUGUCCUGCUCAGCUGUUCAUUCUGGUUUUUAAUCCUUAUUGCAGGUAACUGCUCUUGCAACUAAGUCUGGGCUGUAUGAAAACUCCCAGAGGAAAUGCCAGUCGGGAUGGCUAAAGAUCUGGAGGAAACUGGCUCCUCCUCGGAGGAGGAAGAAGAUGCUAUGUAUGGACUGGAGGAUCAUCCAUGUAUCAAGUGGACCGGUGGUGGCUGCAGGCGGGUCCCUGUCUUGGUGUUUCAUGCUGAAGCCAUUCUGACUAAGGACAGCUACCUCCGUCUGAUUGGAGAGCGCUUCCACAUGACCUAUAAGAUUGUGCGAACAGACAGCCGGCUGGUUCGGAGCAUUCUGACUGCCCAUGGAUUCCAUGAGGUUCACCCUAAUAGCAGUGAUUAUAAUCUCAUGUGGACAGGAUCACACUUGAAGCCCUGUUUGCUGCGUUCCCUUACAGAUAUUCAGAAAGUCAAUCAUUUCCCUAGGUCAUAUGAACUGACACGGAAGGACAGGCUGUACAAGAAUGUCUGUCGAAUGCAGCUGGCCCAUGGGUUCAAGACAUUCCAUAUCUUACCUCAGACUUUCAUCCUCCCAACAGAGUACCAGGACUUCUGCAAUACGUAUUCUAAGGACAGAGGCCCAUGGAUAGUGAAGCCUGUGGCCUCUUCCAGAGGUCGAGGUGUCUACCUGGUAAAUAAUCCAAACCAAAUUGUAGUGGAAGACAACAUCUUGGUAUCUCGUUACAUCAGCAAUCCCUUGCUCAUAGAUGAUUUCAAGUUUGAUGUGCGUCUCUAUGUUCUGGUUACAUCCUAUGAUCCACUUGUCGUCUAUCUCUAUGAGGAAGGAUUGGCCAGAUUUGCAACAGUGAGGUAUGACCAGGCAUCCAAGAACAUUAAAAACCAGUUCAUGCAUCUGACCAACUACAGUGUCAACAAGAAGAGUGGAGAUUAUGUCAGCUGUGAUGAUCCUGAAGUAGAGGAUUAUGGGAACAAGUGGAGCAUGAGUGCAAUGCUGAGGUACUUAAAACAAGAGGGGAGAGACACUGCAGCACUCAUGGCCAGCGUGGAGGACCUGAUUAUCAAGACUCUAGUUUCUGCUGAGAUGUCCAUUGCCUCAGCUUGUAAAAGUUUUCUUUCACAUCGUGGCAGCUGCUUCGAGCUGUAUGGUUUUGAUGUCCUUAUUGAUGACACUCUGAAACCCUGGCUGUUGGAAGUGAAUCUGUCCCCAUCAUUGGCCUGUGAUGCUCCUUUGGACCUGAAGAUCAAAGCUAGCAUGCUGUCAGAUAUGUUCACUCUUGUAGGCUUUGUAUGCCGGGAUCCAGGCCAGCGAUCAGGCCGGGCCAUUUGUCAUUCAUCUGAAUCUGUCAGAAGAAAUCCAUACCAGAAGCUGCAGCGUUCUGUGUCUGCACAGUCACAAACAGCAAACAGCAGAUCACGUACCCGUCCUCUGUCUGCCAGUGAUGCUGAAGUUAAAAGCUUGGUGCCCUUAGGCAGGGAAAAAGCAACAGGAAGGCACAGCAGCUCUGUGCUAGGCCUCACCAUGGAGGAGAUCAAAGUUCUUCGGCGAGUGAGAGAGGAAAAUGAGCGGAGAGGAGGUUUCAUCCGGAUAUUCCCUACCCCAUUAACAUGGAACCUUUAUGGAUCUUUCCUAGAGCACAAGACAUCAAUGAACUACAUGCUGGCUACACGUCUGUUUAAGGACAGGGGCAAGAUGAAAAGAGAGUUCAUCACUGGGAGAUCCCGAGCAGGUCUCAAUGGAAGGCCGGAUAUGAUGAUGGAAGCUAUGGACUCUCAUGCUCUCUUUUAUGAGAGAAAGCUUGUUUCCUUGGAGUUACGGAACCGUCGGCGAUAUCACGGCAAGGCCAGAGCUGCACAGACAAGACCAUCAGGAACAUCAGAACCAACAAAGCUGUCCCUCAAGUCAGACACAGAAGGUGAGGAGGAAGAGGAGAUGGAUGAAGAUGAAGAGGUAGAUAGAAGUGUUUGCUCUCUUUCGGACACCCAGGUGAAAAACAAACCAAAGCUCUCUGACUCAGUGAAAACUCCUUGUAAGGAGAGGUUACCAAAAAAAUGUGACAAGAAAAGUGGAGAUGGAGAAGAGCUGUUUCUGCAAAAAUCAGACUCGGAAUCUCGGUUUAACUUGCUUCAGAUUCUUCAAAAACAAGGAAACUUGAGCAAAGUACAAGCUCGUACAGCUUUCUCUGCCUAUCUACAGCAUGUUCAGUUCCGACUGAUGAAGGAUGCUGGUGAACAGAUCCAGAAUCCUGCCUGGGCUGCCAAAGAGAAUGAACAAAUGGAGCUCAUUGUCCGCUUUCUGAAGCGAGCUGCCAGCAACCUUCGUCAGUCCUUGAGGCUGCUGCUUCCCAGCCGUCAUUUAGGACUAACUGAUCGUCGUCGUAUCCUGGCCCGCCAGCUGGGCGAGUUCAUAAUCUGUUAUAAGAAGGAAACAGAGCAGAUGGUUCAGAAACAAUCAAAAAAGAAACAGGAAGAGGAGGAGGAGGGAGUGAAUCCUAGAGAUUUUCAGAACUUCAUUGCCAGAGCAAGUGAAAGUGACCUGGAGGAAGUACUGACAUUUUACACACACAAAAAUAAAUCAGCCAGUGUCUUCCUAGGAGCAAAAUCCACAAACACAAAACACAGAAACGGCAGUCACCAGUCAGAGAAACAGCCCCAAGGUGAGCAUCCUGAGACGGUGAAAAAAAUGCAAGGUGAUCAUCCCAAAAGUUCAGCUGCGGAUUUGUCUUCAGAAGGAGCACUAAAAGGCUGUAAACCCAAGGAAGCUAAACCAAGCUUUCCAGAGGGACUCACCUUCUCCUUAAAUGCUGAAGUGAAAUUACCUCGGUGCAGCCCUCCUGGUGCUUCUUCCUCUGUUCCUGGUGCCAUGUUCCAGAGAAGUACCAGUUCUGAGAUGCCACCUCAGCCUGCAGCCUCUGAAAAUUCAAAGGUGGCUGGUCACCCUUCAUUGCCAGUUCCUCCAGCUGGUCCCAGACUGACUGAGUCCCCACCCCCACUACCAUCCUUGCAGAGCACAGCUCCUGACAGUUCUGUCCUCACAAACCCAGUGUCCACUGACACUUGUAGCCUUGCAGGGUUACAUCGUCGUUCUGGUACCUACACUGUUGGCCCAUUCUCAUCUUUUCAGAGAGCUGCUCAGAUCUACAGCCAAAGAUUGUCCUCUGCAAAAGUAGGUCUCCAUCGCAGUUCAACUGGGCAGUGUGUGGGUUCAGCCAGGGUGCACAAAGAUGCAGAACACGCUUCUUCCCAGGGCAAACAUCACGGCCCCACUGUGGUAGCAGCAGAACUGCAGCAGUUGGCAGAAAAACAAGCAGCCUGCCAGUAUUCCCCACCAAGCCGUGUCAGUCUCCUUACACAGCAGUUAACAGGCCUGGACUUGGCAAGUGGAGCUAUAAGCAAGGGGAAUGCAGCUGCCCCACAGAGCCACUGGUCACCGCUCAACAAGAGAGGAUCACUGUUGCCUGUUCAGUCAGACACUCAUAGAGAUGACAAAAGAUCUGUCUCUUCAGUGGUCAGGGCUCCAGAAAACCAUCAUUUUGCCUUGGAGGGAGAGAUGGAGAACGGUCUCUGCAAGGUGACACGGGGUCCUCUGGCACAUCCCAGCUAUCAGUUUGCUGUGCAGCAACUUCAGCAGCAGAAACUUCACUCAAGACAGCUGUUGGAACAAAACCAAGCACGGCAACAGGCUGUUUUUGCCAACUACUCACAAUCCAACACCAGUCAUAUAUCUAUGCCAGCUGGCUCUGAUGCCCACAAGACAUCAAGUGCCACUUCUAGUAUUCAGAAGGCAGCCAGUUUGCACAAAGUGAUGCCAUCCCAGAGUACAGCUCCUCAGCUGGUUCCAAAGCCUCCAAGAAACCACAGACAGGCAGUGAUCAGAAAGGCUGCAGCCCAGAGGAUUUCCAAGGUCACCUCCACUGAAAAGCAACUGAAUGGAUUCCAGAACAGCCUUCACAGUGCUGCAUCCUGUGAGCCAGGGACAUAUUCCACAGGUUCUGCUCACAGAGAAGGAUUAACACAGAACUCCAGGUGA